ACCACAAGGCCACAUAAGGAGGGGGAGGUCCCUGGAGUGGACUACAUUUUCAUAACCGUUGAAGAUUUUAUGGAAUUGGAGAAAAGUGGUGCUCUCCUCGAAAGUGGGACCUAUGAAGACAACUACUACGGUACCCCGAAGCCUCCAGCUGAACCAGCACCAUUAUUAUUAAAUGUAACAGACCAGAUACUUCCGGGAGCUACUCCAAGUGCGGAAGGGAAACGGAAGAGAAAUAAAUCAGUGAGCAACAUGGAGAAAGCAAGUAUAGAGCCUCCAGAGGAGGAGGAGGAAGAAAGGCCUGUGGUCAAUGGGAACGGUGUAGUCAUAACUCCAGAAUCCAGUGAACAUGAAGACAAAAGUGCAGGUGCCUCAGAGGAGACACCCUCCCAGCCUUACCCUGCACCAGUGUACAGUCAGCCUGAAGAGAUAAAGGAACAGGUGGAUGAUACAAAGCCAACAAAGUCUGAGGAGAAUGAAGACUUGGACCCAUUGCCUGAUAACUGGGAAAUGGCCUACACAGAGAAGGGUGAAGUCUACUUCAUUGACCAUAACACAAAGACAACAUCAUGGCUGGAUCCACGACUUGCGAAAAAGGCUAAACCUCCAGAAGAGUGCAAAGAAAAUGAGCUUCCGUAUGGCUGGGAAAAAAUCGAUGAUCCCAUAUACGGCACUUACUAUGUUGACCACAUAAAUAGAAGAACACAGUUUGAAAACCCUGUCCUGGAAGCAAAAAGGAAGCUACAACAGCAUAACAUGCCCCACACAGAACUUGGAACAAAGCCCCUACAGGCCCCAGGUUUCCGAGAAAAGCCGCUCUUCACCCGGGAUGCAUCCCAGUUGAAGGGAACAUUCCUCAGCACCACCCUCAAGAAGAGCAACAUGGGCUUUGGAUUCACCAUCAUUGGUGGCGAUGAGCCAGACGAGUUUCUACAGGUGAAAAGUGUGAUCCCAGAUGGGCCCGCAGCACAGGAUGGCAAAAUGGAGACAGGUGAUGUCAUUGUCUAUAUUAAUGAAGUUUGUGUCCUUGGACACACUCAUGCAGAUGUUGUCAAACUUUUCCAGUCUGUUCCUAUUGGUCAGAGUGUCAACUUGGUGUUGUGUCGUGGCUACCCUUUGCCCUUUGAUCCUGAAGAUCCUGCUAACAGCAUGGUGCCACCCCUUGCAAUAAUGGAGAGGCCACCCCCAGCGAUGGUCAAUGGGAGACAUAACUAUGAAACAUAUUUGGAAUACAUUUCUCGGACCUCACAGUCAGUUCCAGAUAUUACGGAUCGCCCACCUCAUUCUUUGCACUCCAUGCCAGCCGACGGUCAGCUCGAUGGCACGUAUCCACCACCCGUCCAUGACGACAAUGUGUCUAUGGCUUCAUCGGGAGCCACUCAAGCUGAACUUAUGACCUUAACCAUUGUGAAAGGUGCCCAGGGAUUUGGCUUCACCAUUGCCGACAGUCCUACGGGACAGCGGGUGAAACAGAUACUUGACGUUCAGGGAUGCCCUGGGCUGUGUGAAGGAGACCUCAUUGUUGAGAUCAACCAGCAGAAUGUACAGAACCUGAGCCAUACGGAAGUGGUGGAUAUACUUAAGGACUGCCCCGUGGGAAGUGAGACUUCUUUAGUCAUCCAUCGAGGAGGUUUCUUUUCUCCGUGGAAAACUCCAAAGCCUAUGAUGGACCGGUGGGAGAAUCAAGGCAGUCCUCAAACAAGUUUAUCUGCUCCAGCCGUCCCACAGAACCUGCCCUUCCCACCUGCCCUUCACAGGAGCUCCUUUCCCGACUCAACAGAGGCCUUUGACCCACGGAAGCCUGACCCAUAUGAGCUCUAUGAGAAAUCAAGAGCCAUUUAUGAAAGUAGGCAACAAGUGCCACCCAGGACCAGUUUUCGAAUGGAUUCCUCUGGUCCAGAUUAUAAGGAACUGGAUGUCCACCUUCGAAGGAUGGAGUCUGGAUUUGGCUUCAGAAUCCUCGGGGGAGAUGAACCUGGACAGCCUAUUUUGAUUGGAGCCGUCAUUGCCAUGGGCUCAGCCGACAGAGAUGGCCGUCUACACCCAGGAGAUGAGCUUGUCUACGUGGAUGGGAUCCCAGUGGCUGGCAAGACCCACCGCUAUGUCAUUGACCUUAUGCACCAUGCAGCCCGCAAUGGGCAGGUUAACCUCACUGUGAGAAGAAAGGUGCUAUGUGGAGGGGAGCCCUGCCCAGAGAAUGGGAGAAGUCCAGGCUCUGUAUCAACCCACCACAGCUCUCCACGCAGUGACUACGCAACUUACGCCAACAGCAACCACGCCGCUCCCAGUAGCAGUGCCUCGCCGCCGGAAGGCUUUGCCUCGCACAGUCUGCAGACCAGUGAUGUGGUCAUUCACCGUAAAGAAAACGAAGGGUUUGGCUUUGUCAUCAUCAGUUCCCUCAACAGGCCUGAGUCUGGAGCCACCAUAACUGUGCCCCAUAAAAUCGGACGCAUCAUUGAUGGGAGUCCCGCAGAUCGUUGUGCAAAACUGAAAGUGGGAGACCGGAUCUUAGCAGUCAACGGGCAGUCUAUCGUCAACAUGCCUCACGCUGACAUCGUUAAACUCAUCAAGGAUGCAGGCCUUAGUGUCACCCUUCGAAUCAUUCCUCAGGAGGAGCUCAACAGCCCAGCAUCUGCGCCCAGCUCAGAGAAGCAGAGUCCCAUGGCCCAGCAGCAUAGCCCUCUGGCCCAGCAGAGCCCUCUGGCCCAGCCAAGCCCAGCCACCCCCAACAGCCCUGUUGCCCAGCCAGCUCCUCCUCAACCUCUUCAGCUUCAAGGACAUGAAAAUAGUUACAGGUCAGAAGUUAAGGCCAGACAAGAUGUGAAGCCAGACAUCCGGCAGCCUCCCUUCACAGACUACAGGCAGCCCCCGCUGGACUACAGGCAACCCCCAGGAGGGGACUACCAACAGCCCCCACCCUUGGACUACAGGCAGCACUCCCCAGACACCAGGCAGUACCCUCUGUCCGACUAUAGGCAGCCACAGGAUUUUGAUUAUUUCACUGUGGAUAUGGAGAAAGGAGCCAAAGGAUUUGGAUUCAGCAUUCGUGGAGGAAGGGAAUACAAAAUGGAUCUGUACGUGUUGAGAUUGGCAGAGGACGGGCCAGCUGUAAGGAACGGCAGGAUGAGGGUAGGAGAUCAAAUCAUUGAAAUCAAUGGGGAAAGCACAAGGGACAUGACACACGCCAGAGCAAUAGAACUCAUCAAAUCCGGAGGACGAAGAGCGAGGCUGCUGCUGAAGCGGGGCACCGGCCAAGUCCCAGAGUAUGGAAUGGUACCUUCCAGUCUCUCCAUGUGCAUGAAAAGUGACAAGCAUGGGUCCCCAUAUUUCUACUUAUUGGGCCACCCUAAAGACACGACGAACCCUACGCCUGGAGCGCUGCCGCUGCCCCCGCCGCAGGCCUGCCGGAAGUAGGCGUCUCCCUCGAAGACAUCCUCUCUCCAUUCUCUCCAUCACAUCCAGCCCCACCCUCCGACCCUUCCCACCAGAUAGGCCCAGACCCAACUUGGGAUAUCCAAAGGGAACACGACGUUAGGAAACCAAAGGAGCUUGCG